AUGAUUCUCUCACGUCGAACGGUGCUCUCCCUCGGCUUCUGCUUCUGCUUCAUCCUCUUCUACACAGCCCGCUGCCUUUCGCAAUCAUGGAGUGACGUCCCACAAGCCGUGGGCCUGGGGGAGAUUGUCUGGUCCCACAGUGUCAAUGCCAAUAGCUCCAACUACUUCAACAUCACCGUCGGUCAUGGCGUGAAAAACCUACACGUCCCUCACCCGAACUUCAUCCCUGGCACCCCAAAGCCGCUGGGCUCUCAGUAUUCAAAGAUGUUGGUCAUCCCUCGAUUGAAGACAGAAGAUGUCGACUGGAUUGAGCGAGAGCUGCCAGGUUGGGGCACUGCCAUUUAUACUGCCGAUGAUCCACAUGCGCCCCUUCACCCACCAAAGAACAAGGGUCAUGAGGUGAUGAUAUAUCUGACUUUUGUGGUCGACUUUUACGACGAACUACCUGAUAUCGCUGUCUUCCUGCAUGCACAUCAAACGGCCUGGCAUAAUGAUGCUAUUUUUAACCAGGAUGCUGCGGAAAUGCUUCGACGCCUUAGCAUGGAUCGGGUGACUCGGGAAGGGUAUAUGAAUCUACGUUGUACCACGGCUCCUGGUUGUCCUGACUGGAUGCAUCCUGGGGCCGUCUUGGAAGAUGAAUCAAAGCAGGAAGAGGUGCUAUUGGCCCGCGCAUGGUCUGAAAUAUUCCCUGACGAGCCGGUCCCGUCUGUUUUGGCCCAGCCGUGUUGUGCUCAAUUCGCCGUUUCAAGCGAGCGUAUUCGCACUAUUCCUCGUUCACGAUUCAUCUUCUACCGUGACUGGCUACUUCAGACUCAACUGAGUGACUAUAUUGCUGGCCGUAUCUGGGAAUACCUAUGGCAAUAUGUGUUUACCGGCAAUUCUGUCGUCUGUAUAGAAGAGAGUGUUUGUCUCUGUGAUGGCUAUGGAGUCUGCUUUGGUGGUCCUAGUGAGUACCAGGCCUUUAUAGAACUCCAAGAGUCAAGUAAACGACUUAAAGAUGAGGUGGAUGAUUGGUCAUUUUUAGAGCUGGAGAUGGAACAAGCGGAGAAGGAAAGAUUGAAUGCUGCCGUGCAGCAGUCUGACUCGCCUGAUCAUGAGAUGACAGUUGCCGAGUUGGCAGCUCAUCAAGAGCAAGCCGUCAGUGAUGCCAUUGCAAAUGCUCUGGAUCGUGGUAAAGAUCCAAGAAUCCGUGCUCUCGAGGCUGGUCGUCCUUGGAAGGAGGGUGAUAGCUUCUAG